GGCAGUUGUGAAGAAAUCUGUUCUGGGUGGAGUGGCUGAUGGCUCUGGGAGGUGCCUUUCAUGCAGAGUGCAGUAAAACAAGGAAACAACUAAAGAGAGGUUUUAUUAUUCUGAACAGUCCUGUCAUCAGAGAGUGUUAUAAGGUUAUGUGUUAUCAGCAGAUCAGAGCUGGGAAGCCUGUGCUGGACACGAUUAUAUUUAAAGAGGCUGGUGCUGGAGAACACACUGACAAAGGGGCAGGCACUACAACAUGCAAACCGCUGUGUCCUGCCUCCUCAGCCUGGUCCUUUCCUUCGGGGGGUCUUGUGCCCUGGAUCCUUCAUACAGACCCAGCAACUACAGCAUUACUGAAACGGGGGCAGAAGCAUUUGUGAGUGAUUACAACAAAACAGCAGAAAUCAUCUUAUUUAAGAGUGUUUCAGCAAGCUGGGAUUACAACACCAACCUGACUGUGUACAACCAGGAGAAACAGAUCAAUGCCUCCUUGGAAGAACAGGAAUUUGUGGAAGCUUGGGCCAAGAAAGCAAAAGAAUUUUACCACAUCAAGGACAAGUUCAAUGAUACUAGCUUGACGAAGCUCAUCAAUAGUAUUGGUGUCCUGGGCCCUGCAAAUCUCCCAGCUGAUGAAAGGAAAAAGUACAACACCAUCCUGAGUGAAAUGGACAACAUUUAUUCUACUGCUAAGGUGUGUCCACCAAAUCAACAGACCAACUGCUGGUCUCUCGAACCUGAUCUUGUGGAUCAAUUGGCAACAUCUCGGAGUUACAAAAAGCUGCUGUAUGCCUGGGAAGGUUGGCACAAUUCUGCAGGAAAUCCACUAAGAGACAAAUACACAGAAUUUGUGAAAAUGAGUAACAAAGCUUCUCAAAUGGAUGGGUUUAAAGACACAGGAGAAUACUGGAGAUCAUGGUAUGAUUCACCAACAUUUGCAGAUGACCUCGAGAAGAUCUAUGACCAGCUCAAACCACUGUACAAUAACCUUCAUGCCUUUGUGAGGAGGAAGUUAUAUCAGAGAUACGGACCCAAAUACAUCAAUCUGAAAGGACCAAUACCUGCACAUCUAUUGGGUAACAUGUGGGCUCAGCAAUGGAACAACAUCUAUGGCCUGGUGAUUCCAUUCCCAGGUAAAGGCAACAUAGAUGUCACUGAUGUAAUGGUUAAGAAGAACUGGAAUGUCACUCACAUGUUCCGAGUCUCAGAGAAUUUCUUCACUUCUCUUGGACUCAUCAAGAUGCCACAGGAAUUCUGGGAUUAUUCAAUGCUCAAGAAACCCAGUGAUGGGAGGGAUGUUGUCUGCCAUGCUUCUGCAUGGGACUUCUACAACCGGAAAGAUUUCAGAAUCAAACAGUGCACAACCGUCACUAUGGAGCAGCUCUUCACUGUACAUCAUGAAAUGGGCCAUGUGGAAUACUACCUUCAGUACAAGGACCAACCAGUCAGCUUCAGGGGAGGGGCCAACCCAGGCUUUCACGAAGCAAUCGGAGAUGUAAUGGCGCUUUCGGUAUCCACUCCCAAACACUUGAAAGAAAUUGGACUGCUGGAAAAUGUUGUGGAUGACCAAGAAGCCGACAUUAAUUACCUCCUGAAAAUGGCCUUGGAAAAAAUUGCCUUCCUCCCAUUUGGGUAUCUGAUUGACCAGUGGCGCUGGGGAGUGUUCAGUGGGCGGAUUACGCCAGAAAAUUAUAACUUUGAGUGGUGGUACCUGAGGACAAAGUACCAAGGGAUCUGCCCACCAGUUCCAAGAGAUGAGAAUAACUUUGACCCUGGUGCCAAGUACCACAUCCCCGCAAACACACCUUACAUCAGGUACUUUGUGAGUUUUAUCCUGCAGUUUCAGUUCCACAAAGCUCUCUGCAAUGCUUCAGGACACACAGGACCUCUGCAUAAAUGUGACAUCUACAAGUCUCUUGAGGCUGGCAAAAUUCUCAGUAAAGCACUGAGUGCUGGUUCCUCUAAACGGUGGCAGGACAUCCUUCAAGAGGUGACAGGCAGCAGCAAGAUGGAUGCAAAUGCCUUGCUUGAGUAUUUUAAACCCGUCACUGAUUGGCUUCAAGAAAAAAACAACGAAACCAAGGAAGAACUGGGCUGGUCUGAUUUUGACUGGACUCCUCCAAUCCCUGAAGGAUAUCCAAAUGGCACUGACAAAAUCACAGAUGAAAAGAAAGCCCAGGAGUUUGUCAACAAUUACAACACAGUCACAGAGAAAGUGUGGUAUGACUACACAGAGGCCUCCUGGACAUACAAUACCAACAUCACUGAACAAAACAACAAGAUCAUGCUGGAAAAAAGCCUCGAGAUGUCCAACCACUCACUGGCGUAUGGUAUCCAAGCUCGAAAAUUCGACUCUACAGACUUCCAAAACCCAGAAAUCAAACGUAUCCUGAAGAAACUAAGUGAUAUUGAACGUGCAGCUCUUCCUGAAGAGGAGGUGAAGGAGUACAACAAUAUCCUGUCUGAAAUGGAAACUACCUACAGUGUUGCAAAAGCAUGUCGUACAAAUGGGACUUGUCACCCUUUGGAUCCUGAUCUAACAGAUAUCAUGGCAACUUCAAACGACUACAACGAGCUGCUGUUUGCUUGGAAAGGAUGGAGAGAUGCCUCAGGAAAGAAAAUGAGGACCAACUUCAAGAGAUAUGUGGAGUUAAGCAACAAAGCAGCGAGACUGAAUGGUCAUGCUGAUACAGGAGCUUUCUGGAGAUCCCUUUAUGAUUCCAAAACUUUUGAAGCAGAUUUGGAGAAUAUUUACAACGAGCUGAAGCCCUUGUACCUGAACCUGCAUGCAUAUGUCAGGAGAGCAUUGCACAAGAAAUAUGGAAACGCAUAUAUCAACCUGAAGGGUCCAAUCCCAGCCCAUCUCUUGGGGAAUAUGUGGGCCCAAUCGUGGAACAAUGUCUACAAACUGCUGAUACCUUACCCCGAUGCCAGCCCUGUUGAUGCAACACCUCAAAUGAUUGCCCAGAACUGGAAACCCAUUCAAAUGUUUACAGCAUCAGACAAAUUCUUCAAAUCACUUGGCCUCAUUCCGAUGCCACCGGAAUUCUGGAGCAAGUCAAUGCUCGAAAAGCCAAAAGAUAGGGAGGUUGUUUGCCAUGCAUCUGCCUGGGACUUCUUCAAUAAGAAAGAUUUCAGGAUCAAACAGUGCACAGUGGUGAACAUGGAAGACCUGAUAACAGUGCACCAUGAAAUGGGCCACGUUCAGUAUUUCCUUCAGUACAAAGACCAGCACAUCUCAUUCCGAGACGGCGCUAACCCUGGGUUUCAUGAGGCCAUUGGUGAUGUGAUGGCUCUGUCGGUAUCUACUCCCAAACAUCUCCACAGCAUCGGGCUCCUUGACAAGGUGGAAGACAACCAAGCGAGUGAUAUUAACUACCUGAUGAGCAUCGCGUUGGACAAGAUUGCUUUCCUUCCAUUUGGCUACCUCAUGGACCAAUGGCGAUGGAAGGUGUUCGAUGGGCGGAUCCCAAAGGAUAUUUACAACCAGGAAUGGUGGAAUCUCAGGUUAAAAUAUCAGGGUGUGUGUCCUCCUGUUGCUCGAUCAGAGGAAGAUUUUGAUCCUGGUGCAAAAUUCCACAUUCCUUCAAGUGUUCCUUACGUCAGGUACUUUGUGAGCUUCAUCAUCCAGUUCCAGUUUCAUGAGAGCCUUUGCAAGGCUGCUGGUCAAACAGGGCCUCUGCACAAAUGUGAUAUCUACAAGUCAAAGGCCGCAGGAACACUAAUUGGGAAUGCCAUGAAACUGGGGAGCAGCAAACCAUGGCCUGAAGCCAUGAAGAUGAUUACAGGGAACACCACGAUGACAGCUGCUUCUCUGCUGAAAUACUUCCAGCCGCUAACAGAAUGGCUCAUUGCAGAAAAUAAGAAACAAGGUGAAACCCUGGGGUGGCCUGAAUAUGACUGGACACCAGCUCAUUCCUCCGUGGUACCUCCAGCUCCAACGACUCCAGUUUCCACUGUUGAGGGAAAUCCAAUGCCUGUUCCAAAAAGCAAAGUGGAUUUUCUGGGGUUAAGUUUAGAUCCGCAGCAGGCUAAGGCAGGCCAGUGGAUCCUGCUUGUACUGGCCCUGAUCCUGGCUAUCACAGUCAGUGCCCUUGCAGCAAAAAUAAUUUUAAGAAAGAAACAGCACAAAUCCACAUCUGAACUUGAACUAAAAUGAAAACAAAUCUCAUCAGGUCAGAGCUCUUUCACUAUGCAAAAACAAACCAAUAAUUCAACAUUCAAUUUGUAUUUGUAUAUCUGCAGUAAGAAUGUUUAAUUAAUCUCUUGGGUUGGAUAGUCUUCAUACUUCGAACACUUCAGCAACAACUAGACAUUUGAUGCAGGGAUGUGAAAUAAUAUAUUACAGGUUCUCUUGUGUAAUUUGCUGUAACUUUUGAAUGUGAAAAUAAUGUAAAUUCAAUCAGUAUCAGGAUUGCAGGAUCCCAGUGCAAGAUGUGAUUGGACUUGGAGGAUUUCCAUGAUUUGUUGACAUUCUUAUUGUACCUCAAUAGAUCACUUCAGUUGUUGAGUUAAGACAGUUAACUACUGUUCCAUAGUAUCAUUGUUUUCUGGAUGUUGUUGCAAUCUUGAGCCUGGCUGCUCUAAAAACUGCAACCAUAUCUAACUGCAGUAAAAAUGUGACCAUAUCUCACUGCAGUGGAAUGCGACCAUAUCUGAAUGCAAUGGAAAUGUGACCAUAUCUGACUUGCAGUAAAAAUAUAACCAUAUCUAACCGCAGCAAAAAAUAACCAUUUCUGACUGCAGUAAAAAUAUGACCGUAUCUGACUGCAGUGGAAUGCGACCAUAUCUCACUGCAGUGAAAUGCGACCAUAUCUGACUGCAAUAAAAUUGUGAUUGUAUCUAACUGCAGCGAAAAUGCAAUCAUAUCUAACUGCAGCGGAAAUGCGAUCAUAUCUCACUGCAGUAAAAUGCGACCAUAUCUGACUGCAGUGAAAUGCGACCAUAUCUGACUGCAAUAAAAUUGUGAUUGUAUCUAACUGCAGCGGAAAUGCGAUCAUAUCUAACUGCAGCGGAGAUGCUGCACCAUCUCACUACACCAAGUUAAUACAUAAGGAAUUACAGAGCUGAUAUAUUAGAAUGAGGGGUAUGUUACCCAGGUCAAGGUUUUAUCUUCCGCACUUCUUCCACACUACCAGAAUUUUCUUGAGGCCCCUCCUAACCCUUUAGGCAUUGGUCGUGACUUUGUAACCCGAUAUGUUUGUUGCACCAAGCAGCACACUCAACCAUGAGUCACCUGAAGCAGCUGAUGUCUGAAGGGUUCCCAUAAUCUAUCAGUCCUGACAUGACAUUGACCAAAAACUGAGUUGUAAAGUUUUGAAUGGAACAUCAGGAUCUUUCAAACAAUCAAAGGGAAAAAUCACUAAUUGCAGGAUCCCAGUGCAAGAUUUGAUUGGACUUGGGGGAUUUCCAUGAUUUGUUGACAUUCUCAUUGUACCUCAAUAGAUCACUUCAGUUGUUGAUUAUUUUAAAACGGGUAACACAGGCAGCAUAGCAUCCAGCCUUGGUAAAGCCUCACAAAUUUGUAAAAUCCUUCCCCCCACAAACCCCCACCACCCUUUAGUUAAAGGGUUGGUAAGAAUCAUUUACUUGAUCCCAUGAUGCCUCGUGAAUUUCUCCAAUGACAAUUUAAGCAGCACAGGAAAUGACGGGUCCAGGUUCGAUCUGCAAUGGGCAAACUAGGUCACUUCAGCUAGAGUGGCACUUGGAGUUCCGUAAUCAAUUGUACAUCUGGGCUAGGGGGCUGAGGUUUAGUCAGUGAUUACCUUCCAGUGGAAAUGAGCUCCUGCCAAAGUGGAGUGGACAGAAGGUAAAUCUCAACAGUGAAACACCAUGUAGUCAAAUUGCAAAUCAUCUCCUGCUGUCAAGGAUUGGACAAGGUAUCCUGGAGAGAAACCACUGCUCACUGAGAAACAAACCCUAGCCAGGGGUCAACACCUUUAGAGAAGAAGGGAGAGAAUUGGUGAAAAAAUUCUCUCGAGAAUAUGCAACAUCAUGAAAACGAAAUCUAGAGGCAACCUCUAAAUAUAAUGCUGCUGUGUUCUAGAAAGUUCUAGCUCAUAACAUCACAUUGUUUUUCUUAUGUAGAUAUAUACAUUCAUUGCAUGAUUUUUGUGUGGUGAUUCACAUAGGAAGUGUUCAGAACAAGUAAACCAAGAGUAAGUGACUGAGGAAAUUGGUGUACUAAACAGCACACAUAAUAUAUUUGAGCUGUUUUAAACAAACAA